AAACUGUACUUAUACUGGGGAAUGUCCAAGCUGUAAGGAGGGUUUUACCGGGGUUAAAUGUGAUAGAUGCAUCGAUGGUAAGUUCGGGAAUCUCUGUGACCAAAACUGUCCACAAACCUGUUUAACAUGUUCUUCAUUGACAAAUUGUUCUAACUGUAUUGGGAAUCACUGGGGAAAUACCUGUCAACAAUGUCCCACAAACUGCUUAAAUUGUUCCUCGAAUGGCACUUGCUUUUCGUGUGAUAAAGGAUUUCAUGGACAAAUAUGUAAUAAACAAUGCAAUGUUACCUGUUAUGAUGGCCGCUGUGACCAACUGACUGGAAAUUGCAAUGACGGAUGUAUGGCUGGCUUUUACGGAAACUUUUGUGACAUUAAAUGCAGCAAUGAUUGUUUGAAUUCUUCUUGUGACAGAGUACAUGGGAACUGCUUACAGGGUUGUAAGGCAGGAAACAACAGUACAAAAUGUGAAAAAUCUCUAGAAUUGCUGAAUGAAGACGAUAACAGCAUGAGUAUUGUAAUUGGAGCAUCAAUUGGUGGUGGUGUACUUGUUAUGUUUGUUAUUCUACUGUUACUGAUACGAAAACGUCGAAGCGGAAAAGAUCAAAACGAUAAUGAUAAAAGAGGGGUGACAACAGAAAAUGAAACUAUGACAUAUAGUGAAAUAAAUGACGUGAAUACGACCGGCGAUAACAAUCAUACUGACGUCAACGAAAUUGAUGUAGAGAACAUUACACGCAGUGCAAUUAGUGAUUCUGAUAUGUCGGUGAAUGGUCGAGGAACAGAUGCAGUUUAUGCAAAACCCAUCAAACCAAAGGAGAAAAGUGAAGAUGUAAAAUCUUUGAACAGGAAUUCAACUAAAUUAACAGUCGAUAAUACUACCUACGAGAAACAAGAAACGAGUAAAACGGUCAACAAAGUUCCAAUUGCGUCUCAACCCAUCCAUACGUUUGACAUCAAUGUAACUCCAAAUUCCACCGCUCUGCAACCGACAUCACAUACAGUAUGCGCCACUUUAGCAUCAGUCUCCCUAAAUGAAAAUAAACAAAAGGAAGCCACACUUGAUGGUGAAGACACUUAUUACAAUGAAGCAGCUGUUAAAAAAAGAAAGACAAACCUUGAUCAACUUCCUGAAUUUGUUUCCAAAAAAACGGAGAAGGAUUUUGUUGAAGAGUUUCAGUCGUUACCAGUCAAGCUGAUUAAGCCAUAUGUUGACUCGCAGAAAAGAGCAAACCUUUCUAAAAACCGCUACAAAGGAAUUUACCCAUAUGACGACACGCGUGUUGUUCUUCAUGAUGGUGAAUCAGACUAUAUAAACGCCAGCUAUAUACAUGCAAGGAUAUAA